AUGCAGGACUUGACGCCUGACAAUUUCGCAAAAAAUAUUGUGCUGACAAGGCAGGGCGGAGCUCGAAUAUUCUGGAAACGGUUUCGACAGCAGGAUGGUUACAUUAAUGCGAUAAACACUGUAUUGGACUUGAUAGGCAUUAAUGAAGUUGUGAAUGCCUUCAAUCUCGCUCAAUACAGCGCAAUUGUCAUACCUCCACCCAUUAUGUACGCACCAUUCUUCAUAUUCCAUGGGCCUCCAGAAGUGAACUACGCGGGUCUUGGAGCAACUAUUACCCACGAAUUUAUGCACAGCUAUGACAACGAACGUAUGUUUUCCGACAACAGCACCGAGGGAGUCACAAAGAAUAGCCUGGCUGCUUACAAGAAAUUAGUCGGAUGUCUCCAGUCGGUUAUCCACAAAGCACCCAGAGCCAGAACGUUCGAGGAACGCGAGAAGGAAUACCUCGCCGAUGCGUUGGGAAUACAAUCACUUGAGAGAGCAUGGAGAAAAGCAGCGGAAAGCACAAGCGUUACACUUGGAUAUGUUAGAGGCUUCACGAGAGACCAAUUGUUCUAUGUGUCCUAUGGCAUUACAUGGUGUGGUAUUCCAAGCUUACAGGUUUCGGUAACCCACCCCGACUUUGACGAAAGGUGCAACGUCCAACUCAUGAACUCUGACCACUUCAGUCGAGUCUUCAACUGCCCACCUGGGUCACCCAUGAAUCCGUCAGAGAAAUGUCGCUUUUGGUAG